AUGGCCCCCUGCAACACACAAAGCACCCCCUUUACACCCCCUUUCCGCAAGAUCCCUUCGUACCACUACCUAACAACUCGCGAGGAAGAGUCCCCAGCAGAAUCUCACACCGUUAUCCUAGUAGUCAUCUUUGUCGUCGUAGUUCUUGUCUUUCUCUUCAUCUGCAUCAUGGGUUUUGCCCCUUGGCGCAAGAUCAAGAGAGCACAGUAUGGAAGGGUUGACCAAGAGGAAGAACACGAACUGCAAGAGGACGCCGAUCAAGACUGGCCUCUUGUGGUUGACACCCAUCCAGUAAGCCCCCCACGCCCCCGUUUGGAGGAACAGAUCCGAAAGCUGUGGGAGUCUUCGCGCGGAAAGCAGCGUUCUCCCAAGCAGGCGGCAAACACUCGAGACUCGAUGGACCUGGCUGACUUUGAUGAUGUUGAUUUGGCAACUCCUUGGAAGAAAGAUGAGGCGUAUGACGAAAAUACAAACUACAAGGAUGAUGUGGAGGACAAGGAGAGAAAAUGGGUUAAGCAGCCGGUCAAGGGACAGGGAGCUAAUCACAAGUCCAGUGAUGACAACGCGAGUAACAAAUCGACCAACACCAAGAAAUUGGCUUAA